UUAAGACGAAUAGUAAUAUAUGAUCGAAUUUGUUGUUCCAUACUUGAAUUAUCCCUUAGUAGUUAUUACGCUGUUGUUUAGUUCAAUAUUUGUUGUAGCAAAUAAUUUGAAGCACAAGAGGAAUAAAAAGAAGCCAGUUCCUACCUUACGCUAUGAAAGCUUUUUGGAAUUAAUGCAAAGAAACGGAAAGGACAUGAUCUGUUUUUAUGGUUCUCAAACUGGCACAGCGGAAGGGUUUGCAUCUCGGUUGUCCGCUGAAGCUUCAGCGUAUGGCUUCAAUGCUUUGACCGCAGAUCUUGAAGAUUAUAACUGCUUUGAUUUUGAAAGCGAGCUACUUGAAGAUAAGCUUGUUGUCUUUUUCAUCGCCACGUAUGGGGAUGGUGACCCCACAGAGAAUGCUCUUUCAUUUUUUGAAUAUAUAAAAGAGCAAGUUAGUGAGGAAUCCCCCAAAUACCUGAGAUAUGCAGUGUUUUCACUGGGAAAUUCAACUUACGAACAUUAUCAAGCAGCCGGUCGUUACGUCGAUCACCGUUUAGAGGAACUCGGCUGUAUACGUCAGUUUAUAAGGGGUGAAGGUGACGAUGAGGGAAUAAUAGAAAAUGACUUUACAGCUUGGAAAAAUAAAUUUUGGUUGACUGUUUGUAAGAAGUACGGAAAGGAAGUCCCUGAAAACUUCUCUCAGAUAGACAUCUUGAGCCGGAAAUACAGGCUUGAAGUUCAUCAUGAAGUUGUUGGUUUACCUGUCAAUACCGGUCGGCUCGCAAAACUUGAUUCGGGAGGGUACAGCCACCGAGCAACUUUGAAAGCUCCCAUGGACGUCCCUGUAAUCCUCAACAAAGAGCUGUUUACGGGGUCGGCUCGAUCGUGUCGUCACGUGGUGUUGGAUAUUGCAGAUAUUAACAUCAGCUAUCAAGCAGGUGAUCACGUGGGCAUUUAUCCCUGCAAUGAUUGGUUAAUGGUUGAACGUCUUGGCCGAGCGCUACGAGUUGACUUGGACACUGUCGUUUCUUUUCAUUCCUUGGACGCAUUUAAUAGCAAGGAAAUCUUCCCAAACCCGUGUUCUUACCGGACGGCCUUUCGCCACUUUGUAGACAUCAACGGGGGGCCCACGCCGCACCACCUGCGUGUCUUCGCUGAAUACGCCGAAGGAAACGACAGAGAAAGGCUCUUGUUUCUUUCUUCUGAAGCCGGAAAAGAAGAUUAUGAAAAAUUUGUAGUGGCUGACAUGCGAUGUUUUGCGGAGGUUUUAGAGUAUUUCCCCUCCCUGCAACCGAGUGUGGACCACUUCAUUGAGCUUCUUCCUCGUCUGCAUUGUCGCUACUAUUCGAUUUCUUCAUCUCCCAAGCAGCACGCCCACCAUAUACACGUGACUGCAUCCGUGGUCAGCUAUAAAAGUCCACUUGGGCGGACUAUUAAAGGCGUCUGUUCUUCCUAUUUGUCGUCUUUGACUCCAGGUCAAUCUGCGGAACCUCCGCGCGUCCCAAUAUUCGUUCGUUCUUCCUCCUUCAAGUUGCCACGAGACCGUUCUGCGGAUGUUAUAAUGAUUGGACCAGGAACUGGGCUUGCGCCUUUUCGGGGGUUCCUCCAGGACAGGCAUUACCAUCUUAGAAAAGGAGAAUGCGUCGGUGAUACCGUCCUUUAUUAUGGCUGUAGGACUUCGAACCAUGAAUUUUUAUAUAAAGAGGAAAUAAUGCAUUAUUACAAAGAGAAAGUGAUUACAAAGCUGUACCUCGCCUUUUCAAGAGACCAAGAAGAGAAAGUUUACGUCACUCAUUUACUUAAGAAAAACAGUAAAGAACUGAUGAAGUAUAUGGAAAACGGUGCCUAUAUCUUUAUAUGCGGAGAUGGAAAGCGGAUGGCUAAAGAUGUCCACCAAGUAAUUUGUUCAGUCGUUCAGGAAAGAAAGGUUUUUAACGAAAAAGAGACGGUGGAAUAUGUCCAAAAACUUCAAAGGGAAGGAAGAAUUCUACAAGAUGUUUGGGUGAAAGAUAAGGCGUUUUAAGAUCUAUAACCGACUUGAGACGUACAGAGAGAACAAGAGGAGAAAUACCGUUAUUU